AAAAUCGUGGGAUGGGGGAACAUUAAUUUCCCUGAAUUUUUCCAUUUUCUCCCUGAGCCUUUGCAUAUCUACUCUAGAACAUGUCAUAUGUAUUUGCAUCUUGAUCCUCAAGUAAGAAAAAAGAGAGCUUAGUCUCUUGAUCUGGUUGGUAUUUAAGGUGCUACUGGACCUGAAUCUUACUCAUCUCAGCCACAUAAUUGCUCCCUGCCUUGUGUGUUCUGUCUAACAGUUUUGUGUCCGUUAAACAUGUUGUAAUUUAUACAUGCCAGCAAAAUAAUUUGGUGUAAAGUUUCUGGAGGUUGUUUGUACUUUAUCUAAAGGGAAACAAUUUUCAUACUAUUCUCAACUUUAAAUGUUGCCUGUAGUUACCUAACAGAUUGUUGUUCCACUUUUGUGUUAUUAAAAUACCCUCACAGAUCUUGGCUUUUCGGCAGCUUUUGUUUUAAGGCUCUAUUAUCAUUUAUUUCCUGAGAGGUUGGCCUCAGAAACAGGGAACAGAACAUUUGUAAGCUACUACUUAGAACUGAGGCCGCUCAUCUUGAAAUCAAACCACAUAACAGAUUCACAAAAAUCACUUCCCCUGAAUCUGUGGUACAAAAAAUAACCUGAAUCAAAAUAGCCCAAUAAAUUUUGUUCUGUACAUAACAGUGGUGCAGUAGGCCUUUUGUAUUAGUCUUGGACAGAGCUAUCAUGGCUCUUUUUGUCUUUGAUUUGACAGUACAGAGAGAGCAAAGAAGCACUGCGUCCAAAAGGUUGUGUGUUUGUUUUAGCUUGAAAGAACCAGCUCCUUAAGAGAAUUUGUGUGGAGAUUUUGGCUGGGGGCAAUGUGGUGUGGGUUUUCAUGUACUGUUCCUGAGAUACCAAAAGCAUUUCUUCUUCCCUGUAAAUGGCUUGAAUUACCGAAUCUUAAAUGUUUUUAAUUAUAUAAUAUUUUCACAGUCUGAUUCUGAAUUGUGAAAAUCAUUAUACUGUCUGCUUAAUAUAUGUAACAGAAUUACAGGGCUUAUUGGGAGAGAGGGCUUACUGUAGUACGUAUACUUUCAGGGGGAAUCUGGAGAAUGCUUCUAUGAUUAUUGGAUUGCUAUUAUUUUUUCCGGUAGGACACUGAGAUACUUCUGGUAACUGCUAGUGCACCUAUUUUCUUUCCUACAGUUAAGCUAUAAAGUUAAUUAUAUUGAUAUGGACCCCACCGUGAGGUGGAAGGAGAGAUGAGAUAAAAAUGCAUAUGUAGAUUUUCAAGCAUUUAUCCUGCUGCCUCAGUAAUGUAUGCCUUAGCUCCGUCAGUGCUGCAUGUAGUUAUAUCCAAAUCCCAAUGAGGUUUAAAUCUUUGUAACUGAUGACAGUUUUGUUUAGCAGAUCCUUGAUACUAUAAAAGAGGUGAAAUCCAAAUAUAUGGUUGUAAUAUUCGGUGAACAAUAUUUUUUUCUAAGUUGAUUUUUCUCAGCUGAAGAUAUUAUUUAAUUCAAAGCAACACUAUGGUGCUGUUUAUACAGUAAUUUAAUAGCUGAGUAUUAAAAUACCAGAUGUAUAAAAAUGUAACAAUUUCAGAGUGAUUUUUCACCCUUAUGGUGUUGGUAGCCCCAAUUCUACUUCAAUACCUGGGUAAACAUAGGCAUAUAACAAAGGGGAGCCUUGGCUUAAUGAGUGGUAAACUUUUUGCAGGGAUAUCCCCCCCCUUAACAAUAAAGAUUAGCUCUUGUGCUGCAGAGGAAGCAUAUACUCAGUUCAAUGGAAAAUGCUUUUUAAAGAAAAAUGGCCUUAAUGUGGGGUGUUAACGGGGAGGGGGCUGGUAGGCCUGCCUUUAUUUUUGUAAAGAGCAACAUGAGUGUUGAUAUUCAUGUGUUCACUUUUUACCAUAUUAAACACAUUAAAUAAACUUAAAUAAGCAUGAUAACAUUGCUGCAGUGAUCAGAGGAAGGUAUUUCUUUGCUCCAUGAUGCCAUGGUAACCACCAAAUAUACUCCAGAAGCCAUACCAACAUCUGUGGAAUUGGUCUUGUUUUCCUUCUGUGACAGCAGGGAUCAGGUUUUACUUAGCUUGAAAAAUGCUGAAAAUCUGCAAAGUGGGUAUGGGACACACUGUGUAAUGGGACAAAAAAUGUACAUAUAUACUUGAUACAUUAUUAUACAGAUUUUACUGCUCUCAAAAAUGUUUGUACUAUAGAGAUUUCAGCUUGAGUUGAAAGUUGGAUUUAAUAGUGUAUCUAAGGAAUUCUCAGAAGUAUAAGAAUUCAUUUUGCGCUUGCCACUAUUGCACAAAUGUUUACCUCUUUAACCUGUAUGUUAACUUUCUACCCAGUCUCCUCUAAUUUUCUGUUUUUUUGAGCACCGAAAGGAGUAACCUAUCGAGCUUUUGCUGGAGGAUGUUAUAAAUGAAAAUUUAAUAACCAUUCCAUCAACUUUGUCAACUGGGUGAAGUGGUUCAGGCAGCACUGAUGUUAAAGAGAACCGCAACAUGGACAACAUUUCCUCUAAAGAUGGGAGUGUGCAAGGUGCCGGGGAGGGGAAUCAGCUCUCCAAUGGUGGUGGCACUGGCAGCAGAAAAAGACUACUGGAAGAGGGAAACAAUGGCCACUCCAAGUUCCGCCCGAAGAAGAGGAAGAAAAUGCCAGGGCCUGUCUUGCCCAAAAACGCCCUGAUGCAGCUGAAUGAAAUCAAGCCUGGCUUACAAUACAAGCUUCUCUCCCAAACAGGACCAGUACAUGCCCCUAUAUUUGUGAUGGCAGUAGAAGUGAAUGGGCAAGUUUUUGAAGGUUCUGGCCCUACCAAAAAGAAAGCAAAGCUUCAUGCAGCUGAGAGAGCUCUGAGGUCCUUUGUUCAGUUUCCUAAUGCCUCUGAAGCGCAUCUUGCAAUGGGGAGAACUCUUUCGUUAAAUACGGAUUUUACCUCUGAUCAGGCCGAUUUCCCAGAUACACUUUUUAAUGGGUUUGAAAAUCCAGUUCAGCCAGAUCAUUCCUUUUACCUGGAUUCUAAUGGUGAUGGUUCCUUCAGCUCCAGUGCAGACUACAGUCUGUCGUCUGCUGUCACUAGCAGUAUUAUCCAGUCAUCUCUUCCCACUCCAUCACCAUAUCCAUCCACAAGCGGGAAGAACCCAGUCAUGAUACUGAAUGAACUCCGACCGGGGUUGAAAUACGAAUUUCUUUCAGAAAGUGGAGAAAGCCACGCAAAGAAUUUUGUGAUGGCCGUGUCGGUGGAUGGACAAACGUUUGAAGGAUCUGGAAGGAACAAAAAACUUGCAAAGGCUCGGGCAGCUCAAUCAGCUCUUGCAUCCUUGUUUAACAUGAAGCUGGAUCAAACACCAUCUCACCAGCCCAUUCCUAGUGAGGGACUUCAGUUACACCUGCCACAGGUUUUAGCUGAUGCUGUUGCACGCUUGGUGGUAGAUAAGUUCAGUGAUUUGACUGAUAAUUUUACAUCACCCCAUGCACGUAGAAAAGUUCUUGCUGGAGUUGUCAUGACAACAGGUUCAGACGUGAAAGAUGCUCAGGUUAUAAGUGUUUCUACAGGAACAAAAUGUAUUAAUGGAGAAUAUAUGAGUGAUCGUGGUCUUGCGUUGAAUGAUUGUCAUGCAGAAAUUAUAGCUCGCAGAUGCCUGCUUAAAUUUCUCUAUAUGCAACUUGAACUGCUUUUGAGUAAUAAGGAAGAUCAACAGAAAUCUAUUUUUAUCAAGUCAGAACGAGGUGGGUUUAAACUGAAAGAAAAUGUGCAGUUUCAUCUCUAUAUCAGCACCUCUCCUUGUGGUGAUGCUCGAAUUUUCUCACCCCAUGAGGCAGCACAAGAGGAUCAGGGAGACAGACAUCCAAACCGGAAAGCAAGAGGACAGCUACGAACGAAAAUAGAAUCUGGGGAAGGAACAAUUCCUGUCCGAUCCACAACUACAAUCCAGACAUGGGAUGGAGUAUUGCAGGGAGAGAGAUUGCUUACGAUGUCGUGCAGUGAUAAAAUAGCUAGGUGGAACGUGCUUGGUAUUCAAGGAGCAUUGCUUAGCCUUGUUGUCGAGCCAAUUUACUUCUCUAGCAUCAUCUUAGGAAGUUUAUACCAUGGAGAUCACCUGUCCAGGGCAGUAUACCAGCGGAUAGCAGAGAUAGAGGAAUUACCAGCACUGUACAUUCUUAACAGACCUUUACUUAGUGGUAUCAGCAAUGCUGAAGCCCGUCAACCAGGAAAAGCACCUAAUUUCAGUGUAAACUGGACCAUAGGGGAUGCUGGCCUUGAAGUGAUUAAUGCUACAACAGGCAAGGAUGAGAUGGGCCGAGCAUCCCGACUCUGCAAGCACGCUCUGUAUAGUCGCUGGAUGCGCAUUCAUGCAAAGCUUUCCUCCAGCCUUCGCUCAAAAGUCAGCAAACCAAACCUGUACUAUGAAACUAAGCAGGCCGCUUCGGAGUAUCAAACCGCCAAAGAGAGUUUGUUUAAAGCGUUUUCCAAGGCAGGGCUUGGAGCCUGGGUGGAGAAACCAAUCGAACAGGAUCAGUUCUCCCUCGCAGUCUGACCAGCGGAUGGUACUUCGCUUACAAGAGGGGCUACAGUGGAAACAUCCAGCGUCAUUGCAUUGAUUCAGCUUUCAUGGCAGCUUUUACGUUUUUGGUUUUUAGGGAACUAAUUUGUGAUCAGGUUUUUUUUUUUGCUGAAGUAUUCCAAGUAAUGGAAAACUGGUAACAUAAUUACUAGUUUGGAAUAAAAAUUAAUGUGAUUAUUUUCUCAAGAACAUCUGGCUUCAGGAAAAAUACAGUGCAGCUCUUAAAAUGACUCAUCUGAACAGAUUAGAAAUUAUUUUAAUGCAUUACAGCCAAGUGCAUGGAAUAACAUAAAUCACAUAGAGCUCUACAGUACACCUUUGAGUAUGUGGUUGAAUUCAGUGUCCUUUUAGAGCCUGAUAAUACAUGUGCUUCUUAUAGAUUAUUUUUGAACUAUUGAAAUUUAUAAAACUGGGCUGGAGUUUGGAUAGUUAGUUUUUUCUGCCUCUCCUUGCUCUUUAAAAACCAGCUGCCGAACACUUUGUGUCUUUGAUGUAUGUAUUUAUUAGUCUGUGAUUCAAUUUUUAACAUGCCACUUUUUAUUGUUUUUUUUAAAAAAAAAUACUUGUCUUCACUUCCCAUUUACAUACGUUGUGAAGUUUCUCGUUUUUUUACCAUUGUAAACUGGAAAUGAAAAAUAUUUGUAAGCUAACACAUAGAUUUUAAUGUACAAAAAAACCCAGAAGUAGGUGGUUUGUGUUUCACAGGAACUCAGUGGAGUACAAGAGUAAUAUUACCAGUGAUGUGGCAACUUCAGAACACUUGUUCAUUUGUGAGGAAAUAUGCUGCCUUGCCAAAAACCAACUGAGUGGUGCACAAACUCCACAGUUGUUAAGGAGAAGAGGUUAUUCUGAGGACAAAAGAAGUUUUUAAACUGCCUUUGUGUGUUGUUCAGAGUUGUAACAGUUUCAGGUGAACUGUUAAGACCUCCCUGAGAUUACGUUGCCUGUGAUUUUACACACAUGAAUAUAAAAUUCAACCCCAAUUAUUUUGAAAUUUACUUUUGUUUGAUCUUGGUUUUUCUUUCUGUGAAUGUUUUAGUAUAUGUAUAAAAUCUCUGAUCUAUACCAAUGUUUGUACAGGUCCAUAUCCCUGAAGGACUGCAGACCUGGCUGAAGGAGUUAGUGCCCACGCUGAGCGCAAAGGCUGGAUCUGUGCAUAGAAUGCUCUGACGGAGUCCCUGGUAAUGGCUCCCCCUGUUUGUCUUCAUGCAUUAGCUGACCACAACAUGAGUUGUGGUUAGCUAAUCUGUGAAGCCAGCAGUUCCAUAGAAGACCUCUCAAAAAGUCAUAGCCCUUUCCCCCUAUUUAACAUUCCUCCAUCUGGUAAGGGCAUAACAGGAUGCCUCAAGGAUGGGAGAGGCACAGAACCAGGUCAGCUGCGAGGCUGAUAUCUCACUUUGCAACAGCCUUCAUGGAUAAGCCUGCCUAGAGGUAUUAGAUGUAAAUAAGAAAUAUUGCAGAGAACUUGUUUCUGUAAAUAAUCCUUGUAAAAAAAGUAAGAAGAAAUUCGUAAAAGUAAAUACUUUGGGCCUGAUCUCAUCAGCCCAGUCCAGCGAAGCAUGUUUUGCAGGUUCAGGUAGUUCUGCUCAUCUGCUUACAACUAAAUAAUGCUUACAUGCGUUUGCUAAACCAGUGCCAGAAAUUAAAGGUGUACAUCGUACAUUGUGUAUAUCUUGGCCUCCACAUGAGAUGUUGAAGGUAUCACAUCAGGUCAAAGUAUUUUUAAAGAUUUAUGUGAGUCUAUGUAGUAGAUCUAGCUCCUCACCUCAAUAUUAUCUAGGCACUCCUGCCUUCAUAGUGGUGUGUCAAUUGAUGCAAAACCUUUAUGAGGUGGUUGUGCAUGCCCAGGAAUGCCCAGUGCUGUUCAGUGGCAUUCAUCUUUGUUAAAAAAAGGGGGGGGGGAAGUGUAUGUAUGUUUUUAAAACAGUAUGACUAAAAGGCAUGAUAGCAAUAUGCUAAUAUAGUCUUUAAUAGAAUAUAUCAGACAAUUAAUUUAUAUGAAAUCAAAUAAUAUAUAUGAUAUUUUAAAACAUUAAUGGGUAACUUCUUGCAGUACUGCAGUUUGAAUUUAAUAGGAGAUAAAUAUAUCCGUAUUCUUAAAGUAGUUCCACUAUAGCAUAUUCCAGUCUAGUGGAUCAGGGCCAUAUUGUGGACAACCGUAAAAUCAGCAAGGUUGCAAACGGGGCUGCCAGCCCUUGAAACUGGAAAUCCUGAUGCCUGGGCAGGACCUAGGAGCCAGUACCGCUCUGACCCACAACACAGAUCCCAGAGGUUGUCCAGGGGGGGAGCCUAGAAGGUUUUGAUGGCUCUGUGGGCUGAAUCCAGCUCUGUAUGUGCAGCUAAAGAAAAAAGUAUUUGCUGGAGGGGAAAAAGAGACAUUCUUGGCCUGAAAGUGCUACCUCUUCAAAUUUAAAUAAACCCCACGUCCCAAAACCUAACGGCAAGAAAAUAUGGCUGGGCCAUUUUUAUUAGCAGCCCUAAUUGUGGAACUUCUAAAUGUUGCUUUAAAAGACAGACGUCUUCAUAAUACAUUGUGAAGUCUUCACACUUGCCUACAAUUCACAGCUCGAAAGACAACCUGCUUUUCAUUUGUCUCUGCCUGUUCAAAAGUGUGCUGUGUAUAUCUCUUCGUCUUCUCCACCCCUUUGCUUCAUGGCUCCACUGUCAUUAGCAAUAACUGUGACAUUGGCAGAUUGCAACUCAUAGUUGCGGUGUCCUAUUUCAUGGCCUGUGUGAGUAACCUCCUUUGGUAGAUCAAAAAUUGACCAGUAUACAUAGAACAAGCGAAUCUUGAAUGUUACUAUUCCUGUGUUACAUAUUAACGGAUAUUAAAUGUGUAAAUUUUACUCUUGAGACACCACUUUUACACAAGAACUGGAUUAUACUGCAGUCAUUUCUUCGAUUGCAUAGUGGGAUGUUUAUAUGAUAUUUAUUAGUGUGAACAGUACACUUCCUCAACUCUAGUACAGGACUAAAGAUUGAGGUCUAGAAAGAAAAGAACACAGUGGAGCCGGAGUAAUGUGGUAGAAAGUUCCUUGAUUAACUAUUUAACACCAGCACAAAUUGAUCAGAACUCCUAGCAUUAUACUCAGUUUGCAUUUUCUAUUCUUUGUGACCAAGCAGGGCAACAGCAUGCUGGGUAGAAGAGGCUGGGCUACUUUUUCCAUCUCCUCCCCAUUCAACCAGCCCAUUUCCUCACAGAGAGAAGACUGGAGUACUGGAAAUACAUGAUUGAUGUUGCCACAUAACUGCAAUGCAGAUUUAUUUUUAGUUUGCAAUAUGAGGAAAGUUCUUCAGGUUUUGUGUCUACUGUUGAAGCACAAUCUGCUGUGGGAAAAAAUCUCCCCAUACCUUUUUAGAAUUGAGGAGAGAGGAGGAUAGUAUGUGGUGGGAACUCAAAUACUUAAGUAAGUCCAAAAAUAAAAUGGACAGAAACAUGA